UAUCUAUGACGACGAUUGUGGCGUGAACUGCCUGUAAUACUGGAUGUGUAGACUUAAACUUACAAGGAAAUUGUAAUUUUAAUUGAGAGUUUUGUUUGUUUCCACAAAGUCGAAAAUUAUUGAAGCGAUUGCGCAGAAAUGAAGGCAUUCUGUGGACGACUCAAACCGACAAUUGAAGGUUUUGACUGCGUGGAGGAGAGCGAAGAGUACGACUAUCACCAAGAGAUUGCCAGGUCCAGCUAUGCUGAUAUGCUGUAUGACCAUGACAGGAAUAAAAAGUACUACCAGGGCAUCCGGGCAGCUGUGGCCCAUGUCCAGGCUAAGGGUGAGAGUGUCAUUGUCCUGGACAUUGGAACAGGAACUGGCUUAUUGUCCAUGAUGGCUGUUACCGCUGGAGCUGACUUCUGCUAUGCUGUGGAGGUUUUUAAGCCUAUGGCUAAGGCCGCUAAGUGCAUUGUGGAGAAAAAUGGCUUCGCUGACAAAAUCAAGAUUAUCAACAAACACUCAACUGACGUUACUGUUGGGCCAGGUGAAGAUAUGGAAAUGAAGGCCAAUGUCCUCAUCACAGAACUUUUUGAUACAGAGCUGAUUGGUGAAGGGGCUCUGCCGAGCUAUGAACAUGCUCACCAGAAUCUUGUUCAGAAAGGUUGUGUGGCAGUCCCACACCGGGCCACUGUCUAUGCCCAGCUGGUCCAGUCACAACUAUUAUGGAGCUGGGCUCAGCUGCAGCCAAUAGAGGUGCAGGGCACUCAGUUGUUGCCCCCGCCUGCUGUGGCCAACUGCAGCGGCUCUCAUGCAGUAUGUGACAUUCAGCUCAGCCAGAUUUCACCCCAUAGCUUCACUGCUUUGGGUCCAGUCUGCACCAUGUUUAGUGUGGACUUUAGUAAGCCUGUAAGCAGUGCCCCCCAGUCCUACUCCUCUCAGUUUGUGGCUCAAAGCAGUGGUCAGGCUCAAGUGGUGCUCUCCUGGUGGGACCUAGACAUGGAUCCCACUGGAACCAUUGUGUGUACCAUGGCUCCCAGCUGGACAUACCCACAGCCAAAGAUGGCUCCAUGGAGAGACCACUGGAUGCAGAGUGUUUAUUUCCUGCCUAUUGAGUGCAAGGUGGCAAAAGGAGAAGAUCUGAGUCUAAAUGUUGACCACGAUGACUACAGUUUGUGGUACAGCCUCCAGUCUCACAGCCGGCAACAUUCACAGGACAACGUGAUUCGCUCCCGGCCGUCCUGUACAUGCCAGGCCCACCUGGUUUGGAACCGACCACGAUUUGGUGAACUUAAUGACAAAGUUCGCACAAAGAGCUAUGUCAAUGCACUGCACAGUGUGCUGAAGGAGGACAGCAUCUGUCUCGGAGUGAGUGAUGGAAGUCUUCUUCCUGUGUUUGCACAGCUCUUGGGAGCCAAAAAAGUCUGCAGUUUGGAAAACUUCAGCAUGACGAAACAGGUUAUUGAGCAGGUCCUGGAAGCCAACUCAAUGAGAGGACGAGUUGAGCUGCUGGAUAUCAGGCCUGAGCAGCUGACCAGUAAAGAUUUAGGAGGAGAGCAGAUUUCACUGCUUAUAGGUGAACCAUACUUCUGCACAAGCCUGCUACCAUGGCACUCUUUGUACUUUUGGUACUGCCGCACCAUCCUUGCGGGCCUUCUUCGACCCAAUGCCACCAUCCUGCCCUGCUCCGCCACUCUUCACAUGGUGGCAGUAGAGUUCCAGGAUUUAUGGAAGAUACGUGCUCUGUGUGUUACAUGUGAGGGAUUUGAUGUCACGCCUAUGGAUGAAAUGAUCCAGAAGUCAUUGGAUAUUCAGGAGUCUCGCGAGGCAGAGCCCCACCCUCUGUGGGAGUAUCCAUGUCGUGCUUUGACUCAGUCCACAGCUGUCAUGACCUUUGACUUCACCCACUGUAUCCCUCAACAGCCUAUCAUCAGCCAAGGCGCUCUACCAUUCAUAAGAAGUGGCAACUGCCAUGGUGUAGCAAUGUGGUUGGAGUACCACCUAACCCGGGACAUUUCAGUAAGCGUGGGCUUAACUGAACCAAUCAGUGAAGAGGGCCACUGUGAGUGGAGUCGCCAUAGUAAACAAGGAGUAUAUUUCUUCAGAUCGGGAUGGGAGAAUUCUGCUAAUGACAGAGCUGCUUUGUUUUACAACUUUAUCUUUGAGCCCAGUUCAGGAGACAUCAAGAUGGACUUCAAUUGCAAGUCUCAUUGAUAUGGUUGAAUUAAAAACUUUUUACAGUUAUGUAUUAGUUCACAAAGAAUAAAUUGGCUGUUGUGUCUACUAUGAAAUAUAAGCAGCAGAGGUGGGCGUUACGUCAGUACUGACUAUGUUUUUUAGUCCAGAAAGCAAG